GAGGUUAGCAGAGGAGGGCGCGGUUAGGAAUCAAAAGUCAACAGCGCGCCCUGGGAUGAAGUUGCUGACACUUUCACAUCAGCUUUAAUUGCUGCUGAUUUUUUUUUUUUUUUUUUUUGCCAAAAUGAACUCGAUUAAUUAAGAAUCCAAAUUUUUGAGCUUUGGUAAAAAAUUAAGUGUCGAUGGAGAACUUAAGGUUUGAAAUCACCGCGGGUCACCUGUUGCUGUGCGUCUUCCUGAAUCUGCUUUGGGGCAACUCGGACUCGAUCGAAACGUCAAGACGGCACACGACGGCGAGCGGGGCAAAAUCCACGGCGCUUUUCACUUCCACCCCGACGAGCCUCAUCACCGCAAACCCGCCUCCUGAAAACGUCGGCGACGUGACGGUGGUGGGGCAAGAUGAAAUCGGCAUAACGCUGAAGUGGGAGAAGGUGAACGACAUGUCCACGUACUUCCUACUCUACGACCUCAACGGGAGUGCGAAGGAGGAGAGUGUGGACCCUUCCCCGGAUCAGACGCAUGUCACGCAUGUGGUUGGUCCUCUGUCUGCUGGGAGAAAAUAUCAAUUCCGGAUCAUCACUCAGUUCAUGGGCGCAAACAGCACUGGAUAUUUAUUUUCUGCAUCCACCGCCCCCCUGAACGCAAAAAACUUCAAAUCCCUGGAAAGAAAUACCAGCAGUAUAACGCUGCAGUGGGAAAGGGGAGAUAAAGUCAGCUACGCUAUCGUUUUCGGCGACACCAAGGAAGAUGUCGCUGCCGCCGAGGAACUGGAAGUUACACACACCAUCGCGGGACUCACAAGUGGAACUGAAUACUUUUUUACGCUUUUCACCGUGUUCGAAACAGUCCGCAGUAGCGGCAACAACCUGACUGCCGUCACGGCACCUGACAAUGUUGAAAAAGUGACCGUGAUCACCCAAACCGUGAGCAGCGUCACGCUGUCGUGGAACAAAGUCGGCGAGGGCUCGACGUACGUCCUGCACUACAGCAACCACAGCAUCCCCGUCGAGGUCACAGGUUCUGCGUUCGAUCCCAAAGCGGCGGUGACCCAGGAGGUCGGUUCGCUUGCCCCUGGAACAAAAUACGACUUCACUCUCAUCACCGUGUUUCAGAACGUUACCAGUACCGGGUUCGUGUUCGAUGCGGUGACGGUUCCGUCAAUGGUGGCGGUCGUCAACUUGUCCGAGCGCUCUGAGACCAGCGCGACUCUGUCCUGGGAGACGGCGGAUCCGAACUGGAGCUACUUGGUCCACAUCGAUGGGGGAAACGUCACAGUGGCGCCAAACGGGUCGUCGGAUGUGUCCCGGUCGUUCGCGCUGCAACCGGGAACGGAGUAUCCGUUCGCCGUGAUCACUUUGUUUUCCGGACUGGCCAGCGCCGCUUAUAAAGGGUUCUUUGUAACUGCCGUAAAUUGUGCCGACGUGGCUUGGCACGUCACGUCACGCUCGAUCCGAGGCACUGUCGAGGGCUCGUUCACGAGUGCGACGGCCUCUAAUGGAUCUUCUUCACAUCUGAGUCCGGAAGGUCCAAACGUGUCAUUUGCCGGCCUUUACCCGGGCGCAACGUACAACGUGUCGCUCGAGUACCGACGCGAAUCCGCUCACUUCCUACAAUGUCAGCUCCGACUCACGACCAUCCCGCCGGGUUUAACUGCUCACUGCGAGUACUGGGAGGCAGGGUACUCGGUCUUUAUCGUCUGGGAUGCGCCAGAAGGUUUGUGGACUUCUGUGGAGGUGAACGUGAGCGGACGGACGCACACCGUGCAGGACGUGGAGCAACGGCACAUCAAAAUAGGCGGAUUUCAACCGGCGAGAACGUACCAGGUGUCUCUAUCGUCACUCUCGGGGACCUCGAGGAGGUCCGAACCGUACGUCUUUCAAUGUCCUACUGACCCUCGUGGCGUCAUUGCAGGUUCAGUUCUGGCUGUCCUGCUUCUUGGUGCCCUGGUAGGUUUGGCAGCGUUCGUUUUAUUAAAAAGGCCGGAUAUCGUCAGAAAGAAAAAGUCAUUGGUUGAAGAGAGCCCAGCUUCAGCUGAAGAAAUCAAAGAUAAUUCUCUCGCGGAAUUUCCUGGCCAUUUCUCCAAAUUAAGUAUGGAUAAUAACAGAGGUUUCUCCAACGAAUAUGAGAGCCUUGCCGUGAUUGGCAUUCAGCACACUCAGAACGCCGCCCUGAUGCCCGAGAACACGGAGAAGAAUCGCUUCACCAACGUGCUGCCGUAUGACUGGAGCAGAGUGAAGCUGCACACCGCCAACGGAAAGUCGGACUACAUUAACGCCUCGUACAUGCCGGGUUACAACAACAGCCGAGAGUACAUCGCCACUCAGGGCCCUCUGCCUGCUACGGUCAGCGACUUCUGGAGAAUGAUCUGGGAGCAGAGAGUCAGCGCCAUCGUCAUGGUAACCAACUGCACAGAAGGAAGACGGAUUAAGUGUGAACAAUAUUGGCCCGCACAUCGAGACACUUGUCUUCACAGCGGCCUGGCGAUCACGACUGCAUCCGAGCAGCAGGACACCAACUGGACCUUAAGGGAAUUCAGAGUGAAACACAAAAACAGCUCACCGGAGAGGACCGUGAAACAUUUCCACUUCACCGCCUGGCCUGACCACGGAGUGCCUCAGUGCACGGACGUCCUGAUGAAGUUCAGGGGCCUCGUUAGACGGCACAUGGACUCAAACAGGAGCACGGCACCAACUGUGGUGCACUGCAGUGCGGGAGUGGGCAGGACAGGCACCAUCAUAGCCUUAGACGUUCUGCUCCAGCAGCUUCUGGACAACAAGGUUGACAUCAAGGCCUUCGUGCGCGACAUGAGACUGCGGCGGCCGCACAUGGUGCAGACUGAGUCCCAGUAUGUUUUCCUGCACCAGUGUAUCAUGGACUAUCUGCAGCCUCAAGAGAGGACUGAAGAAGGCAUGUACCAGAACGCAGAUAUCAUUUAUGCCAAUGCCACAGCGCUGCGAGAGUUUAACAAAGGGGCAACCUGAAUCGUAAAAAGGUAUACAAUCUUCGUUUCGUUUUUUU